AUUCAAUCUGGAAUCUUCUCAAAUCAAACUACCCUUUCUCGCUCUCUCCGCGGCUUUCCGAUCAGUCUUGUGAAGAAUGGACGCCUUCUCGAGUUCAUUGAUCUCUUCUCGUAGCUCUGGAUUUCACUUCGUAUCCGGAUCUUCUCUGAAACUAGAAGAUCAACAUUUUCGCCCAAGUAACUUGUUAAUCAACCCCACUUGCGGAGAUAAAGCAAGAUCUUUGAAGUCCAAAACUUCACUUACAAUUAGAGCAAGCAAUGAUUAUGAAAGACAAGAUAGUGGUAGCAAUUUUUUGGGUGGAUUUGUAUUGGGAGGCAUAAUUGUUGGAGCACUAGGCUGUAUUUAUGCACCACAGAUCAGCAAGGCACUAGCGAGAACCGACAGCAAAGAUCUAAUGAAAAAGCUUCCGAAGUUUAUAUACGAUGAAGAGAAAGCUUUGGAGAGAACACGAAGGAUACUGAGCGAGAAGAUUUCGCAGCUGAACACCGCCAUUGACGAUGUUUCUUCUCAGCUCCACGCAGAUGACGAACCAAAUGGAGUCGCGGUUAGUCCCGAAGAGCUCGAAGCUUCAACAUGAUCUUUUUCCACUUUUCUAAAAUAUUUGUCCUUUGUUGUGAAUUUCUUUAACUAAUGUCUUGGUUAAGUAAUGUUUUGCACUAUUUUUAUUCAUUUCUUUAACUAAUCAAGAUAGUUAAGGUUUUAAGUUUGAUUUUUCACUUUAAAAUGUUUUUAUUGAGUAUU